CCCACACGCACACACGCCGCCUAGACGGCUUGAGUACAAGAGCCUCCGGACAGGAUCUACUGCACCCUGACAGGGAGCGCAGCACCGAGCGGAAUCCGGCAGGACGGUGCCGAGGACACAACCCAGAGAGUCCACUCCCGGGAUCCACGGGCGCGACACAGGUCCAGCAUGGGGAGCAGCCUCUCGUGCGUCCCACACAACAACCUACAGUUCUCCAGCAAGAACUUUAUCCGUAGGAACAGCAGUCGGUUGUUCCGUAAGAAGAACCCAGAGGAGGGUCAGGUGAAGUCCAACAGCAUCAUCAACAUCCUCUGCACUGUGACCCCCAGGAAGGAGAUGUCACCCAAGGACCUCCAAGCUAUUGAGAACAUCAAGUGGGAUCCACCGUUUGCCUACGACCCCUCGGCGGGCUGGAAGAAGAGCAGCGUCAACGUGAAGAACUACGGCAGGAUGGUGCACAGCUCCAAAGUGCAGUUCCGCUUCCUGCACUGCCAGGAUAUACAUGACUGCUUCUUGGACCUCUUCCAGACACACCUUCAUUUUGUCUCCAACACCAGCACGGGGCUGACCUACCAGGGAACACUGCCAUUGAGUGAUAUCACGGUCUGCAAGCUGCAGACCGCAAACGGAGGCAGCGACAGCGCAGAAACCUUCUCGUUUCAGAUCGACGGUGUUGGUUUGAACCCCAUCAUUGUUUACUGCUCCAAUCAAGAGGAACUGGACACCUGGUUUGGUCACCUGAAAGAGCAAGUGGAGGCCAACGGGGGUACCGUGAUUACGCCGAAGAGCAGGACAUACGCUAGUGUCAAGAACCCAGAGGAGGCGGUGAAGGGCAAGGAAGAGCUCCGGAAUUCGGUGGGGAAAGAACCCAUUUACGAGUGGGAGGGCUCUCAAAGGGAGUCGCUAGGCGUCAUCACCUAUGUGACCAAAGUGAGAGUUCAACACCUGCCCUGUCAGGACCAGCACGACCGGCUGCUCGUGAUGUACCCUUCAACCCUCAUCAUCCUCUCUGAGGAGAGCAACGGCCUCUUCUACAAGGGAAAGCUUCCUCUGAACAGCAUCAGCGUGACCACACCCUGCCAAAGCGCGAAACCCAACACUUUUACGAUUGAAGGAAAACUGAUCAAUCCCAUUGUGGUGACCUGCCUGGAUGAGAGUGAAUACCAAGAGUGGAUCUGUCAUCUCCGUGCCGUGCAGGUCCCAGCGCAAAUUCCCCCACCACCGGUCUAUGACAUCAUCUACACUCCCACCAAGACUACGGCUCCGGAGUUUGACCGAUGGAGUGGCCACAGCCACCGGGAACAGAGGCACUCCCGCCACGGGAGGGGAUCCAACGGACUCACGGUGCAGAACCAUGGGGACGACCUCAUGUCCCCGGGUUACACUACGCCCCUCUGCUUCGCCUCCAGUCGGCCCGGUUCCGGCGACGUGGGUCUUUCGGCUCGUCUGAGUGACCGGAGCAACAGCAUCUCCUCCCAGGUCAGGCCCAUCGUAGAGGUCCACCCACCGCACCGUGGAUCCAACUGCUCCGGCGGCGAGCCGCUGUCCCCCGUCUACAACACACCCUACCACCUCUUGGAACGUAGCGCCCCCCAUCUGCAGCAGGAGAAGGCCCCCCUUGUCAAGUCCAACAGCUGGAGCACCCCCCAGGCGGUCAUAAAACACCAGCUCUCCAACCCGCAGAGGAACUCGGACACGUGCGCAUUCCGGAUGCCGCUGUCCCCUCUCUACGACGACCCGUGGACUCCUGGGAUGCAUGUGUCGGAGGACAGCUAUGUUAACCCGGCAAUGCCCAGACCGCACCGGGGACGGCAGGAGGAUCCACCGGCCGCCCAUCUCCAGCCGCAAGCCUUUAAGCUGCUGAUGCCCCCGUUAGGUCGACGCAAGACGCAAGCCUCGGUCCCGAGGCAGGAAGUGGAGAGUUCCCAUCGGGCUGCGGGGCUCAAACUGCUCUCCCCCCCUACGGCGGCGCUACCUCACGCUGACAUCGAGCAGGCGCUCACCCGGCCACGGGGCGUGGAGAUGUCAGCUGGUUACUCACAAGAAGAGAUCUCUUACCUCGAACCCGCGGAACCGGACGACCAGGAAGUGGACUACGAUAACAUCUGGGAUUUCGACCCCGAUACUGGGAUGAGUCAGCCGUUGGCCCGGAUUUCACCAUACCGGACGCUGGAGGGGUGAGGCGCGGAGGGAACGCGGCCGAGGGGGUCCCGGAAACAGGAAGAGGAGCUGCGAGCGUACCGCGGUGAUUCACCAGGAAGCUGUGGGUUACCCCCUCUGAGACGCUCGCCUAAUGCUGUACACAUGUAAAAUAACCCCGCUCACCCUGUUGUUUACCUUUUGGAAGACCUGGCUUUUGUAUUUUACCACUGUACCUUUUUCCAUUUGCUCAGCCAAAUGCAUUUUUUCUAAUGUAUAUUUAUUUGCUUUGCACAGAAGCCGUUUAUAUUUUUUGUGUCUACACGCAUGCCCAUACUUUGAAAGGGCGAAUGCUUUCUGCUGGUUUUAAUGUAAUGUUUGCCCUUUGUGAAGUUUCACGGCUCCAGCGGUUUAAUUUCCUAUUGCACUUAAACACAGGGAAAUAAAGGGAAAAAAUAACAUGUUUUUAUUUAUUUCAAGAUAUUUAAAAAUAAAAAGCAUUCUCUU